UUAAUAUAUCAGUCAUAUUUUAAAGAAUAAAAAACAUCAAAAGGAUCCAGUCAUGAAUUGCAUAUCCCUGAAACGUCCACUUAUAAUAGAGGAUAAUUUGGCGGAUACUUCUCCAGCAAAACGAAGACGCAAGCAUUGUCAAAAAAGAAAAAUAUUGAAUUCAAUUACUAAAGAAAAGGACCAAGAGAUCCCAAGGGAGUUUUUGAAAGGUUUGCCCAUUCUGCUGGAUACAGAUUCCAGUGAUUCAGAAGUAGAUUCCCGGAUAUCCGAAAUUAAUGCCCCAAAAUUAGUCGCUCAGGAUAACACAAAUCUAUUCACCUUCAAGCAAUUGCAAUCAAUUUGCUGCGGAAUGAUGAAGCAACGUGAAGAUCGCCUGAAGGAGGAAUACGAGUUGGAGUUGACCCAAAAAAUGGCGGAACAAUACGAUAUUUUUAUCAAGUUCACCCACGAUCAAAUGCAGCGGGAAAUUGGACAGAAUUCAAGUUACUUGUCAUAA